GGGCUGUGGUGGCAGCUGGGGUUUGCGGGGAAUGACUAGGGGAAUCUCAUCUCCAUCUUCACUCCUCGGAGAGCAGUCCUUUCUCUGCGCAGCUGGAGAAACCGGUGAGCGGAGCUGGGGCCAGAUUCUUCAGUCAGCCUGGGGAGGGGCUCUCAGGUGCUUCUGGGUAUAGGGUGAGCCAGCCGACACAGACAGGGGUACAUAUGUGCCAUCCGGCACUCUCAGCCCCCACCCCUCUCUGUCUCAUCAGUGUGUUAAGUGCAAUGACCUAUUUAAGCUAAACCCAUUCCACCUACACCAAUUCGGGGCCCAUCGAAGCACUGCCUCCCUGCCGCUCUGUCCAAGUUGCCCGGACCAUAGGCCCAACUGGAGAGGGAAGGCCACGGGUUGAGGGCUUGUGAUCAGAAAAACUGAGAAUGGGGGUUUUGGUCAGUAUUGACGUGUAUUAGACACAAGCCCUCACCUGUGUCCUGAGCCAGAUUAAUUUUUCUUCUUCCAGUUGCCCUCCCCCACACAUUUACCCUAGACAUGACAACGUGUAGCCCCACAGUCCCAGCCCCCACCCUAAAGGUCAUCCAGCCAACACCACCAGACUUGGGGGCCCGAGGGCAGUGCCUGGUGCCGCUCCCAUCCGCUGUCCCCUCUCCCCUUCUCCCCUGCAAUUGGUUUGUACUCAUUGGGCUGUGCUCUCUCUUCCCUGUUUACCUGAUGUAUGGAAAUAAAUGUCCUUUUCCUCCUGG